UCCGUUAGCGCCACCUCCUUCCCCGCCUUUCUUUUUUUCUUUUUUUGGUUGCCCCAUGUUCGGUCCGGACAAACUCUUGGGGCAGCUGUCCAAGCUGGACAGAUACGGGAACAUGGCGUCCGUGGGGGAUUUUAACCCGCUCAGCGCUAGCGUCCCGGCUACCCGAGUGGAGGUGUCGGUGUCCUGCAGGAACCUUUUGGACCGAGACACAUUUUCAAAAUCUGAUCCAAUCUGUGUUUUGUAUACCCAAGGUAUGGGAAAUAAGGAAUGGAGAGAGUUUGGGAGAACCGAAGUAAUUGACAAUACUUUGAACCCAGAUUUUGUGAGAAAAUUUAUAUUGGAUUACUUUUUUGAAGAGAGACAGAACCUGCGAUUUGACUUGUAUGAUGUGGAUUCAAAGAGUCCAAAUUUAUCGAAACAUGACUUCUUGGGACAAGUUUUCUGUACGCUUGGAGAGAUUGUUGGAUCGCAAGGAAGCAGAUUAGAAAAGUCAAUCAUAUUGAAGCUUCCCUGGUGGAACCUGCUUUCCAAAGCAAAAAUGGCCAUUGGCGGCGCAAGCAGUCUGCAGAAAGGAAUUCCUGGGAAGAAAUGCGGCACAAUAAUAAUGACAGCAGAGGAGCUCAACUGUUGCCGGGAUGCUGUACUGAUGCAGUUUUGUGCUAACAAAUUGGACAAGAAAGAUUUCUUUGGGAAAUCUGAUCCCUUCCUGGUAUUUUUUCGCAGCAAUGAAGAUGGCAGCUUUACAAUCUGCCACAAGACAGAAGUGAUAAAGAAUACAUUAAAUCCAGUGUGGCAGGCAUUCAAGAUAUCUGUCAGAGCACUUUGCAAUGGAGAUUUUGACAGAACGAUUAAGAUUGAAGUAUAUGACUGGGAUAGAGAUGGAAGUCAUGACUUCAUUGGAGAAUUCACAACAAGUUAUAGGGAGCUAUCUAGAGGACAGUCACAGUUUAAUGUGUAUGAGGUUAUAAACCCAAAGAAAAAAGCAAAAAAGAAAAAAUAUAUUAAUUCAGGAACAGUAACAUUACUUUCCUUCCUAGUGGAAACCGAAGUUUCAUUUCUUGAUUAUAUUAAAGGCGGGACUCAAAUAAAUUUCACUGUGGCUAUUGAUUUCACAGCUUCGAAUGGUAACCCUGCACACCCAACCUCGCUCCAUUAUAUGAACCCAUACCAGCUGAAUGCUUAUGGCAUGGCGUUGAGGGCAGUAGGUGAAAUAAUUCAAGACUACGAUAGCGACAAAAUGUUUCCAGCUCUAGGUUUUGGUGCAAAAUUGCCGCCAGACGGAAGAGUGUCUCAUGAGUUUGCCUUGAAUGGAAACCCUCAAAAUCCUUACUGCAGUGGAAUAGAUGGUGUAAUGGAAGCAUAUUACAUGAGUCUAAAAUCAGUACAGCUUUAUGGACCAACAAACUUUGCUCCUGUUAUUAAUCAUGUAGCAAGAUAUGCUGCCUCAAUAAAAGAUGGCUCCCAGUAUUUUGUUCUUCUCAUUAUUACAGAUGGGGUCAUUUCUGACAUGGCUCAAACAAAGGAGUCUAUUGUGAAUGCUUCAAAACUUCCAAUGUCAAUAAUAAUAGUAGGAGUUGGCCCAGCUGAAUUUGACGCUAUGGAAGAACUGGAUGGUGAUGAAGUAAGACUCUCCUCAAGAGGAAUGUAUGCAGAAAGAGAUAUUGUACAGUUUGUACCGUUUCGGGAUUACAUUGACAGAAGCGGAAACCACAUUUUAAGUAUGGCCAGACUUGCGAGAGAUGUCUUGGCUGAGAUCCCAGACCAGUUUCUUUCCUAUAUGAGGGUGAGAGGAAUCAAGCCGUCUCCUGCGCCUCCUCCAUACACCCCACCUAUUCAUGUAUUGCAGACUCAGAUAUGAGCUCUCCGAAUGCUUAAUGCUUUUCACAAACCAUAGAGCACUGUUAAGUGCAGUACAGCGGUGCACUUUGAAGAGCCAGCGAGCUGAAGCGAAGUGUUCAUCUUUGUACGCAGUAAAGGCUUCUGGUGGCAUUUGGAGCAAAAUAACGUUAACUUCAUAUACCAAAAUGUCCAACUUGGUUGCAUGCGCAACUGAACAGCUUUUAUGUAAGAAGAAGAAAAUGGUGAUGUUUGUUUCUGAGUUUUAUUUUGUUUCUGACAGAAUAAGCUACUAUUGUCGUGUGUAUUUUGGAGAAAGCACAAGUCACGGGUUCAACUCAAAAGUCCUUGUCUUUCCUGACUUAAUAUGUACAUAAGAUGUGAAUGCAAUUCCUCUGUAUCAAUGUUUACAUGUUACUACUUUUCAAACUUAACUACUUUUUAUAAUUAUUCUUAACCUUAAGAAUUUGGGAUAUUGAAUUAUCUUCUAUCUUGCAAUAGUAAAAUCCACAGGAGAAGCAAUAUCUCUUUGAAUGAUUGUCCAGACAAAAACUAAUGCAAAACUGUGAGUAGAAAGUGGGAGGCCAAACAUAUUUGUAGGUCUCAAUAAUGGAAACACCUCACUCAGGUGCUCAGUAAUGAAUCAUCAGACGGAUUUGAGAAUAAGCUUCCAAGAUGUGAAUACUGUAAGAUUUUUAUUUUUAUUUGCAAGGUAUUCCAGUUUCUGAAAUAACUUGUGUUUACAUUUUUUAAAGAAUGAUUAUGCUGGCAUAAUAAAUUUGAACAACAACACAGUGUUAUUCUAGAAAAUGGCAGCAUCAACUUUUGAGUCCUGAAAUUUGACUCAUGCAAUGUAAUCUGUAGAGUAUCUUGCAUAACAGCUAUAGAGCUUUGACAACCUAUUGCUUUCUGCAGGUUAUUUUAUUAUGAGUGACUUGAUGCUCUUAUGCAAAUUGCCAGUUGCUGUGAGGUUUGUCUAGAUGGUCCAUUCAAAGGGAUGCUGGCACAUUUUGAGUUAUCUGUUGCCACAGUCACACCGCCAUAUAGGGCACACAAGUGGUAAUGAAUUAAAUGUGUUAAAAUUGCACAGCUAUGUUGCUUUGUGCACAACUUUGUAUAUAGAACUACUCAAGUAUUUUAUUAUAUAUGCCUGUUCUUAUCCUAAUUAUCAAAUGUUUUUGCAUGUACAGUUUUUACACACAAAAUAACACAUUUUUGUGAGUAUUUAUGUCAAAACUUUUAAUUAGAACAAAUGGCCUUAAAUCUCACAAAUACCUUGGAAAUGAUUGUGAAUUGCCUUCAGAUACUGGAAGAGAAGUUUUACUUUUUUGUCAAAAUUGUAAUUGCCUUGUAAUGUGUAGCUCUCUUAUUUGACACAUAACCUGUUUACUACUUUAUUUACUACUAUAUAUGUUAUACAGACAUGUAUUAAAUUAAGGUGCAUUUUUUAAGCAUGAAAAGUUUUUUUCUGGGAAAGUAUAUAUACAUGGCAUUAAUGGUAUAUAAUCCUAUGUAAUACAGAAUCUUCCAUUUUUAAAUAUAUUAAAGAUCCUUAAAAUAUUCUCA